AUGCCUACGAAUUCUACGGCGGACCCGACAAGGUGCUGCUGCAAUACUGCGCCGACCACUACACCACUUGGACCAGGAGUAUCCCGACAGUGCGCAUCUCGACACGUCAACGGGCGCAACAUCUGCAUCGGCAAUAUCAUACACAUUGGUCGCGAUGCCCUGGCCCAGGUUAUUCGGCCACGCCAACCUUGUUUCAAGCUCAGUUACCGAUUCCAGGUCCAAGAAAUGUCAUGGUUGUCGCAGGAACGCUCCCGCACGGGAUGGUAUUAUCGGGUUCUGCAGGAAGGGUUCAUCAAGCCGGGCGACGAGAUGGCCUUGGAGGAGCGCGUGAACUCUGCAUGGACGGUUUCUCGCGUGCAACACUAUCUGUAUAUCGAGAUGUGGAACUACGAGGCCCUGGGGGCGUUGGCGACACUGGAGCUGCUAGGUACGGAGACUCGCUCGAUCUUCGCCAACCGGGUGAAGAAGGUCUUUGAGAAUCAAGAGGCUCGUCUGCUAGGUGAUAGCUCGGCGACCAUGGAUCUCUGGGCGGAGAACCGAUUGGCGCAGAAACAGACAGAGACCGUGUGGAUUUGUUCGUUUAGAGUCCAGGCUGUGAAUCCGGUGGACAGCCCUGAAGAUGUCAAGCCCGGGACGCAUGUGCGAAUUAAGUUAGGUAAUGGUCUGAUUCGUGCAUACUCGGUAGUUUCAGGCAAUCAGAAUUGCUUUGAGCUGGGCGUCGCGCUGGAUGAAGAGGCAAGUCGAGGCGGUUCAGUCUUCCUGCACGAUUAUCUCCAGGGAGUGACGAUGUCCGUCUCCAAGUUUGCUGCGAUGUUCUCUCUCUCCACAGAAACAGAUAAUCAUGUCCUCAUCGCCGGAGGGAUAGGAGUGGCUGCGCUGGUUGGGUCCGCCCUCUAG